GAAAAUGGAUGUACUACCUGACUACCUCGCCUGAUGGGAGUCACUGUCUCUGCUGUGUUCAUGUAACCAGUUUCAGCCUGCUGUGUGGCAUUGUGUAUGCCUUGUACCUCUGAUGACAUUAAGGAGAAUGAUGGCAGUUUGUUGGGAGACCCCGGUCAGACUUCCCCUGAAAAAAAAGAUGGUGUGAAAUGGCAGAAGCCUCGUCUGUCCCGUAGGACACUGAUGAAAUGCUGCCUGGUGAAAUGGAUACUGUCCAGCACUUCCCCACAAGGCCCAGAUAGCAGUGAAACCGACAUGGAACUAUCGACAGUACGACACCAGCCGGAGGGGCUGGAACAACUUCAGGCUGUCACCAAGUUCACUAAGAAAGAACUGCAGUCCUUGUAUAGAGGCUUCAAAAAUGAAUGUCCUAGUGGUUUGGUGGACGAGGAAACGUUCAAGUUGAUCUACUCACAGUUUUUCCCUCAAGGAGAUGCCACAACGUAUGCACACUUUCUGUUUAACGCCUUUGACAUGGACAGGACUGGAGCAAUCAAAUUUGAGGACUUUGUUAUCGGAUUGUCUAUCCUCCUGCGAGGGACUGUCCAUGAAAAGUUGAAAUGGGCUUUCAACCUGUACGACAUAAACAAGGACGGAUACAUCACCAAGGAGGAGAUGCUGGCCAUAAUGAAGUCCAUCUAUGACAUGAUGGGUCGUUACACCUAUCCUUUGCUCAGAGAUGACUCCCCCGUAGAGCAUGUGGAGAGAUUCUUUCAGAAGAUGGAUCGGAAUCAUGAUGGUGUUGUGACCAUCGAUGAAUUUUUAGAAACGUGUCAAAAGGAUGAAAACAUCAUGAGGUCCAUGCAGCUUUUUGAGAAUGUCAUAUAGCAGAGGACGUGACUUUUUGUCCAUGCCAGCACUAGACGGGACCCAUUCAAACCCGUGUCCCCACGUGAAUCACAGCCAACACUCUUUCCUUCUGUCACAAGCAGUUGAUUGAUGGUGUUAUUGUUCUCCCAGGGAACAGAGGAUCAUACUUACUGCCUGCCUGUUUGCACUGAUCCCUACUCUUCACAACAACAAACUCACCUUUAUAAAGACUGUUUUUUUUUAACAAAAAAUAUAUAGAUUAACUAAAAUAAAAAAAAGCACAUUUGUCUUUG